GCCGACAUUUUUGCAGAAAGGACCUUCUCUCAGCCAGGCGACGGACGCGUCGUCGCCUCGCGAGACGACGACCGCGUCUCGUGCUCCGAGGCGGGAAUAGACGCUGCAGCACCGUUGUACAGCAAGUCGCCGAGGGUCGACCGCACGCUAAUUUGGGCGCGUGGAGGAUUUUUGCGCGCCAAAUCCAUCACCACCUCUCCCCGAGUCGAGCGCGAGCGGAAGACCGCGGCGGCGGCGGGGCCGGAAGUCCAUGACGGCCGCGCGAGGCAGGAAGCCCACGACUGCGCAGGAGGCAAGCGGAGCUGCACCCCGACUGCUCCACCAUGUUCCUCAUCCUCCGCCGCUCCAGCGCGCCGGCUUCACCCCACGGAGGGGCCCGCGUCCCCCCGCCGCCGCGCCCACCGCGGGGGGUCUGUCGAGGACGUGUUCCGCGCGGCCACGCCGCGUGGAGAUUGGAGAAGAUCAUGGAGAAAUUGAGGACGGAGGAGGUCGUCAGGGUCAAGGUCUUCAGCACCCCGAGCUCAACAUGCGCCUCUUCCACAAAAUACUCGAGACUGAGAGGAGCCAGAGAUGGCGGGUGCAAGCUGUUUCUGUUCCUAAUGAGAGGUGCCAGAGCUGGCUACUGCAAGAUGUUGUUGUUCCUGCUUGUAUGUGUGUAUAAAUAAUGAAAGGUGCUUGUAUGUGAACUGAUUUCCUGUCAAGUGUGGACUGAUUUCAUGUCCAAUGUCAAUCGAAGUGCUGGCCAUUUCAAAUUUAAUGUUUUAAUUGUGUGAACCGAAGUGUACUGUGGUAACAUGUAUACUAUGUGAACUGAUUCAUGCCUACACAAUGGCUACAAAGAUCCAAUUAUGUAAAAGAUCAUCA